GGCUGAGGCGCCGGUAUGGCGAGCCUGGGGCGGCUGCGGGCGGCGCUGCCCGGCCCGUGCAGCCUGCCGGCCCCGCUGCGGCGCCUGGCCUCGGGCUGGGGCUCGGCGGCGGCGCUGCUGCGCUCGGGGGCUUUCAUGGACGGCCGCUGGGUGGAGGUGGCCGCCGCCUUCCCCGUGUGCGACCCGGGCAGCGGCACGGAGCUGGCCCGCGUGGCCGACUGCGGCGCGGCCGAGGCCCGGGCGGCCGUGCGGGCUGCGCACCGGGCCUGGCCCUCCUGGAGCGCCGCGCCCGCCAAGGAGAGAAGUGCAUUACUUCGGAAAUGGUAUCACUUGAUGAUUGAGAAUAAAGAUGACCUUGCUAAGAUCAUUACAGCAGAGAAUGGGAAGCCUUUGAAAGAGGCUCAUGGUGAAAUCCUGUAUUCUGCCUCCUUUCUGGAGUGGUUUGCCGAAGAAGCUCGACGUGUUUAUGGGGACAUCAUUCCACCUGCUGCAAAAGACAGAAGGAUCUUGGUGCUGAAACAGCCUGUCGGGGUGGCAGCCAUUAUCACCCCUUGGAAUUUCCCUAGUGCCAUGAUUACACGGAAGGUUGGUGCAGCCCUGGCAGCUGGCUGUACAGUGGUGGUGAAACCUGCAGAAGACACACCCUUAUCCGCAUUAGCACUUGCUGAGCUGGCAAACCAGGCUGGCAUUCCGGCAGGAGUAUUUAAUGUUGUUCCCUGUUCCAGACAACAGACCCCCGCUGUAGGGGAAGCUCUAUGCACUGACCCCUUGGUAGCCAAAAUCUCUUUUACUGGCUCCACUGCAACAGGAAAGUUACUGCUGCACUAUGCUGCUGACACUGUGAAAAGGGUCUCUAUGGAGCUUGGGGGGCAUGCUCCCUUUAUAGUAUUUGACAGUGCUAACGUGGACCAAGCUGUUGCAGGAGCCCUGGCUUCCAAAUAUAGAAACUCUGGACAGACAUGUGUUUGCACAAACCGCUUCUUAGUGCAGAAGGGAAUCCAUGAUACAUUUGUGGAAAAGUUUGCCAAAGCCAUUGAGAAAGAGCUACAUGUAGGAAAUGGAUUUGAUGAAAGAACUACCCAGGGACCAUUAAUUAAUGAAAAGGCAGUGGAAAAGGUAGAAAGACACAUUAGUGAUGCGGUGGCUCAAGGAGCCUCCAUUGUGACAGGAGGAAAACGGCACAGCCUUGGGAAGAACUUCUUUGAGCCAACUUUGCUGAGCAAUGUCACAACAAACAUGCUUUGCACUCAAGAAGAAACAUUUGGUCCAGUGGCACCAGUUAUCAAGUUUGAUACUGAGGCAGAAGCUGUUGCUAUAGCAAAUUCAGCCAACGUGGGUUUAGCAGGAUACUUCUAUUCUCAAGACCCAGGCCAGAUCUGGAGAGUCGCGGAGCAGCUGGAGGUUGGAAUGGUUGGGGUUAAUGAAGGAUUAUUAUCUGCAGUAGAGUGCCCUUUUGGUGGUGUAAAACAGUCUGGUCUAGGACGAGAGGGUUCAAAAUAUGGCAUUGAUGAGUACCUAGAAGUCAAAUACGUCUGUUUUGGAGGCUUAUAACAACCAGUGAGAGAGACAAUCCAUGAAAGCCUGGAAAAUAGGGCUUUAGGUCUAGUAAAUUACAAAUCUAGAUAUUGGUACAUAUUAGUGCAACUUUUACUCCAUUCAGAAUUAAGUGACCCUCUUGUGUAAGUGUUAAGAGAUGUUUUACAGUCUUGUGCUAGUAUAUGUAAAAAUACUACUCAACAUUGAUCUUUACAUACUGCAUUUUCAUAGCAUUAGUUAAUACCCAGCAGUAUAACUACUGUGCCUCUCUUUGAUGGGGGCAGGAAAGAAUAGUAGUGUCUCUAUUAUUUAAGCUUACCCUGAGUAAGCAAAUAGGGUGGAGUAAUUUUUGUCCACGAUGAAGAUCCAUCCUCCAUUUCUGGUAGAAGAAACAGACACCUUUUUUCCCUAAAACCAUGUAUGUGGGGAACUGUUGGGGGAGAUAACAUUUGGCAAAGCAGGGAAGUUAACACAUUCUGUAUAAGCUGGAUGCACAGCGAGGCAAUGGAUACAGAACAUGCCUGGCUCAGUGGUAGCAGAGGAAAGAGAAUUUUACUCACCUUGCAGGGAGACUUCAGAGCUGUUGGAAUGAGGAGAAAACUAUAUCUAAGGUGGUAUGUAAAUUAAUGUCUAACCCAGUGGUUCUCACUUGGGGGGCGGAAGGGCUGGUGAGGGUCAUGAUGCAGGCACUGCUGCCACUGCAGCAGCCAGGUAAAACUGCCCCACGUGCAGAUCUGCGGUAUGCGCAUACUCCUGCUGCAUCAGGGCUUUCUCGUAACACUAAACCAGGACAGGAGAGCUGACUCAGGCUGUAGCCUUUCCCCAUGCACUCUCCCUUUUUCCCUUCACCCCCCACCCACGAUUUUCCAGAACCAGGGGAAACACCAUGUAUCUGGGUCCAAGAAGGCCAUUCUCCUUAAGCAUUCCCAGGGAUAACUGUUCUUCUGGCGUGGUUUAGUACCCACCGAGGUGUUGGGGCUCCUCCCUAGCUUGCUUCUGCGGCCAUAUGGCUGAGGGCAGGCGAAACUUGGGGGCAUCUGAACCCCAAGUCUUUGGUCUUGGGCCUGCACUUAGGAUGCCUGCCAGAAGGCUUCGGAAAUAUCUGAAGCACCUGGUGGAAGUUGAGGAUGUUUUCUGGUUGUAGGGCCACUUCUGAUUCUGGACUGACUCACGGAUUUGGACUUGAUUUGGCUUGGAACACGAAAAGUUUCUUUAAAAUAAAAGAGAACCAGAGGCACACAAGACAUUUCCACCCAUUUGCCUCUGUUUCUAGGAUGAGAACUGGGCAGGUGCAAGGGGAAGGCUGCAGACCAGACUCCUGUCCUGCUUUAGGAUGAUCAAUGAUCUCUAAUGCAGGAGGAGCAUGUGCACAUUCCACAGCCCUUCUUGAGCUGGCUGUACAGAAGGUGUGUGGGGCAGUUAUACCUGGAGGCAGCAGCAGCUGGGUAAGAACCACUGAGGUAAGUUGAGGCAGCACCAACAGUGGUUCUGAAAUGGGGGUACUAGCACAUUGAAAAUAUCAGUGGAAGAGUGUUCUCGCUGAACAGGUUGGGAACCACUGACCUAACCAAUCCCCUUUGCAAGACCAAUGUAAUUCCCCAUGAACCAAGGAAAGGAUAUGUUAAUCAACAUCCAUGAUGCCUAACCCCUUUUAGAGGGUGUUUUUUACCACAUCUCCACAGCAUCUACACAGGCUUCAGAGCUCCUCUAGCCUCUGCUCCCUGAAAGUCUCCAGGCCUUGGCUUGGGCUUUUCCACAUGCAGGGAGAUGUCUAUUAAAGAGUUAGGUUCUACUAAGAAUUUAAAUACAGAUCUGCAGUGGGGAGGCUUUUGUGAGCCAUCCCAGUUAGUUAAGGGAAAUCAUCUUUAGAAGAUGAAAGAGUGGUGCAUUCCUGAAGUUUUAACUUUAUUUAAAUAACAAGCACUUUAUUCAGAAAACUUCUUUCUAGCUAGCAUUGCAGAGGCUGCAGGGAAGCAGAUGUCUGUCUACAUUUUCUAUUUACAAGGCAUUUAUAGUUGUUACAGUGAGCCAGCCUUCCCCUAUCUACACUGAAUUUCCCUCAGUCUAAUUACACUAUUAAGCAGGCUGUUGUACAGUAUACAUUCAGUUAUGCAAAGGAAGGGGAAGUAUGAAUUUGGGAAUGAUUUAAGAUUGGCAGAGUGGAGCAGAGCUUCACAGCAGACUUCUAAAUUGCACACACAGAGUGCCGUAAAAUACUACGUGGCUUUUUAAUAUUGUUGUUAUUAUUUAGUUUGUAUGGCAUUAUCAAGGAUCCUGGUUUUCUCUGAUAUUCAAAAAAAAAAUCCCCAAUUUUUUGGUUAAAAAAAUAAUAACCCAAAUACCAUGGUUCCCUUUUUUUUAACCUAAAAAUUGGGAAUGAUUUUUUUUUUUUUAAUCAGAGAAAACCAGGAUCCCCGGACAUUAUCAUGGCUGGAGCUCAUACCUUAGUGCCAAUGUAAAAUGCCUAAGUGCUUCAUACUGAAGUUAUGCCACCAGGGGGGGUUGAAAGGACACUUUUUGCUCCUGCAGAAGAUCCAGAUGCAGUACACACAAAGUCACUGAGGCAUUUACAAUAGCUGAUCAGCUACAGGAUAUGCCCAUAGAGGUAAUAAAGGAAGUAAGAUGUCCUUUUCCUUAGCUGGAAAAAGUUUGUUUUAACUAGUUAAAAUAUCUUAAGUGAGCACAGAGAGUGCCUUUACUUUGUGUGUACCAUGUUAUAGCACACAUGGAAGUGGAGCAUAUACUGCAAGAUGGUUUACUCUUCCACUUUUAAUUUAAAAAAGCAUUGCACAGAGAUGCAUUCAGUAGCUGCUGUCCAAGUCUGUACAUCCCUGAGAGUAGUCACUUGAAUACUGUUGUUUGGAGGCGCACAAAUACAGGUUACACUGCCCUGAGGAGUAAGCCUGCUCCCACUUACAGCUUACCUUAUCCGUUUGUGUGCUAAGCAGUAGUAUCACAAACCGGGGGGGGGGGGGUCUUGGUGUGCCUUUUACAAGGGUAGAACAAAGACAAAAAUAGUGAAUAUAUAAUCAUUAUCCUGCACAAAAUACCUUUAAAAUGUGACAAGCACAAAAGUUUUACUAUAUGAAAGGAGAUACCUUCAGUUAAUUUGCCAAGUUUUUCCUCCCAAGUUGGAUUCCAGUGAGUUAGCACAUAAUAUUCUCAUGUAAGUAAUAUGUAUAGAAUGAGCACAGAUUAUUUUUUUCUUACAAUAUUGUACUCUUAAUAAAAGCUGUGAUCCUUUAACAAGAGUCAUACUUAAAUGUUUACAUUUCAAUUAUGUAUACAACUAAUUUGUGACAGGUUAGUCUUUUCCAGUUCUUUAAUAUGCAUAAUUGUUAAAAAAAAUACAUGCUGCUUAGCAAAACAGCUGUGCUUUCAGGUAAUAAAAUUCUUAACUUCUAGGAAAGUA